AUGUAUGCAGAUGAUACCAGCCUGACGCUUGCCAGCACUGACAUUGAGCAUAUAAAUUAUCGCCUUAAUCAUGACCCGAGUGAUGUGUACAAAUGGCUGUCUGCUAAAGCCUGGUUCACACUCGACACACCAGUUCCUGGGACCUAUGACAUUAAAGAUUUUGUUGAGGAACUACAUGGAAAUCCUGUGAGAACUACUUAUGGUUUUAAGAAUGCAGGAAGAAAGAGAAAUGCUGACCCCUCUAGAAAAGGUGACCUUCUCAUGCCUGGAUUGUACAAACAUGGAACAUCUGUAGAUCAACUGGAUAAACAUCAAGUAACUUAUAGUUUCAAGGCUUGUGACAGAUACCACACUCCAACAGCUCUAGUAGGAUAUAUCGACAAGGAGUUUGUGAAUAGUCAAAUAAGCCCUAACACAUAUUACUCUGGCUAUAAGUAUGUGCCAAAGCUACCAUCAAAACAUCCGGCGUUCAAGUCCCAAGAGCACAGAUUUCCAACGGUCUACUUUAAGCCAAGAGAAGGUCCCCCUCCUGGACAGUACAAACUUUCAAAAGACCCCAUUUUACCAAAAGGACCAAAUGUUACAUCACCAUUCAAGUCAAGAACUCCAAGAUUUGCACAACCUCAUGUCCUGAAAACCCCUGGUCCUGGAACAUAUUGUAAAACAUAUCAGACACCUAUGCCGGACACAAUCAAGAAAAUGGCAAGAAACUAUGGGCUUUUUUUUACGUCGGGAACUUACGGAGAAUAUUAUUGAUAGAAUCUACUUUUUAUAUGUGGAGAGGAAUAUUUUGUGAGAAGCAUAAGAUGUAGUUGUAAAGUAGGAUUAUGGAGUUGACAAGCAGGAAUUACUGUCAUGUUAUAUGUCAAGUAAAAAGGUCACAAGAUACUCUUGGCACAUGCACAGCAAAAAGUUGUAAAUAGGUUUAUUUCCAUUUUAGAGAGUUUGAAUGCAAAUAAAACUUUUAAGGAACAAUCACAA